UAAGCGUUGUCCAUUAGUUUAUAGGUCUAUGGUAGUUAACCCGGACCAUUAGAUAACCGAUUUUUUACAUUGAUAGUAGAUAACCGCUGGUAGGAGGACGCGAUACUUCGUGCGCACGUUUUUGUCGGCGAUAUAAUAUUUUGACAACUUACUGACGACUGUUAGCGACCGCGUGUCAUUCCAAAUACGAUCCUCAGCGAUUUGUGAUCAACAGACGUUUAUUUGUCGACCUCUAGAGUUUCGUCCGUCAUCCCGGUUGCCGCACACCAUUCACGUGAUUCCGGCCGUGAAACCUGUGGCAUAUCUGUUGGAAAAACGAAUCGCGUUCAUUGCUUUUCGUUAGAUUUGCAUCAGGUCUUACCGCCAACUCUUCCUACACUUCGAUCAGCGCAGCAGCUACGAUGGUAUUACAGUACACGAGCACAGCUGUUGACCCACCUGUAACGCUCCUGAGAGGUGUAGACAGCUAUGAAAAUGAUGAACUUAUUGAAAAUAUGUUACCUGAAGAUGUGUGGUUUCAUGUGGAUAGCCUCUCAUCAGCACAUGUGUAUCUAAGGUUAAAAGAGGGACAAACAAUUGAUGAUAUACCUAAACAAUUGUUGGAAGACGCAUGCCAAUUGGUUAAAGCAAACAGUAUUCAAGGAUGUAAAUUAGCUGAAGUUAAAGUUGUCUACACUAUGUGGUCAAAUCUUAAAAAAUUACCUGGCAUGAAACCUGGGGAAGUGUCAUUUCUGAAUCCUAGUAGUGUAAAAAAGGUUAAUGUGAAAAAAGAGAAGACUAUUGUUAAUAGAUUACAGAAGACCGAAAAAACUAUAGUAAUUGAUUACGAAAGUGCAAGGGCUGACAGGGAACGAAAAGAAAUUGAGAAGAAGAAAGCCGCAAGAAAAAUUAAUUUAGAAAACAAAAAAGAAGAAGAGCGUAGAAAUCGUGAAGCUGCUGAACUAAAGUCUUACUCAUCUCUUAUGAAAACUGAAAAUAUGACAGCAAACACUGAUUACUCUGGCUACGAUUCGGACAGUUUUAUGUAAACUUUAAAAAUAAAAUAAAAAAAGGUACUUAUAAAAAUGCAGCGAGCUUAUCAUUAAAUUAUUAUUUGUAGUUACUUAUUUACAUUUAAGUGAAGAAAUAUUUUCUGUCUGAUCAAUGUAUUUUUUUAAAAAUUAAUGAGCUUAUAUUUGAUUGUAAUAAAAAUUUCUGAUGAAUAAUAAGUUAAUCUUUUACACUUUAAAAUACCAAUACAUUACUGUUAUUAUUUAAUUUUUGUAAAUUAAUUAUAAGAAAUACUUUAAAAAUUAUUUCAAAACAUAUACUUCCAAUAAACUAAUAAUUUUUUUUUUAAAAUUAAAUGUCAUAUGUGUGUAACGAGGGAAAACCGGUUGCAUGUGCAAUAUUGAGGACAGUUGAACCCUAAAGGUGUAUUUGCGAUAACCAAGCGGCAGAUAGGUAUAAUGAUGUUCAGUUAUUGCUUCAAUAUUUUGGAUUAUAUUUUAUUGUCUGUUAAAUAUUUCAUCAAAAUAUGUAUUUGCUAAGUUUCACAAUAAGAUCAAUGUAAUCUUGUCUGGUGUUCUUUGAAAAUUAUUAUUACAUUAUCCCUCCCCCUUUUUUUUGUAUAAAAUAUCAACUCACAACAUAGCUUAAAUAUAUUAUUCAUAUCAAUACAAUUUAUCAAUCAAUUUUUUUAAACUAUUGAUGUAAUACAAUAAUAAUAUAAACCAUUUGUAAUUUAC